GCUGAUGAAAAACCAAAGAAUGAUGUGAUUGUAUUGAGUGACUGGCCUAAGACUCUAUACCAGGAGCCUCACCAUCCCCAGAGCAAGCCUUUCAUCUCUUUCUAUGCCAUCGAUGUCAACUAUUUUGUGUCCUUAAACUGGGUGGAACCACAUUCAAAACAAAUACAGGCAGUACUUUGGGUACAGAAGAAAGAUACAGAAAUGGGAGGAAUGAUAGAGAAGAUGAAGUUUCCUGUGAUGGAUCAAGUGCCACCCAUUGAAGCAAUGGUCCACACAGGUUCCUACCACAUGUUAAUUGCUUACUGUGGUGACAUGCGCCUGCGGCUCUUCGGAGAUCACCAUCAAGCAUUCAUAUCUCUGGGCACAGUGCCCUGUCGUUUCUCCAUCAGCUGCCUCUGCUAUGACUCAGAAGCUGACAUACUGCUCUCUGGUACCCUGGGGGCUGUGGUUACCUGGCUUAUCUUACCAAACGGCAGGGGCCUCCAGAUGGCACAAACAGUGCUCAUGUCUGAUCAUGAGUUUGUACAGGGCUUUUCCCUGAACAGCCCCCAGGGCUCCCUCCUGGCUCUUUGUGAGAAUAAGGUGAGGGUCUUCACCCACCAGGGUCAGGGCCAGCUGAAAGAGGUAAAAAAGUUCACUCCCACAGCCAGUGGCUCUUCUAUCACCUGCUCCUUCACUUGUGUCUCUCAGGGCUAUUUCUAUGCUGGAAACAAGGAUGGAGAGAUCCAUGCUUGGGGUCUAGACCAGGGUAACUUCCUCCACAGCUUCCAAGCCCAUUCUUCAUCAGUGAUAUGUGUUUACAGCCGGCCAGAGACCUACACCUUACUAACAGCAGGCCGAGAAGGCAUUAUAAGGGAAUGGAAUCUUGCCUUUGGGAACUUGCUGCGGCAGCUGGAUAUUGAUGAGGAUUUGCAGCAACUGCAGUUUAUUGAUAACACCACUUUUUUCUGCCAGACUACCCACACUUUCUCAUUGCACCACCUACCAUAUUUUUAUAGCCUCUUCAAUGUCUGUGGUUCUGCUCCUGAGCAGGUGCAGCGGGUCUGCUGUGGCCGUAAUUGGACUCGGAUCCUGUGUGCUACUAAGGAUGGUUUAUUGCGCUUCUUGUCUCCAGUAACAGGAGAUCUCCUGGUUAUCACCUGGCCUCUACUUGUCAUGGAUAAGGCCGUAGCUUGGGCCUAUGACUCAGACAAAGAAGAGCUCUUUGUGGCAACAGGCAGUUCAGAGGUGCUGGUGUUUGAUGCAACGCGCUCUCCUUGCAUGGCCAAGUAUCUGGUAUGCACUUCAGUAAACUCUGGGGAUAAAGUAAGGUGCCUGGCCUAUGGGCAGUCCCAUUUGGGUAUGGGCCUAGUAGGAUUGAUGUUCUGUGGGCAUGACAGUGGCAUUGUGAGAAUCCUCUCCCACUAUAGCUGUGCUCGAAUAGAAAAGACUGUUCACUCUGGGGCAGUUUUGGCACUGUCUACCCUAGAAGGUCCUCAGGAAAUCUCCUUACUCUGUUCCUAUGGCAUGGAUAAUACUAUACACCUGACAGAAGCUGUGCUUCAGAAAAACAAGGUAAUCCUGCAGCCCAUAAGCAAAAUUCUCUGUGCUUGCCCCCUAACACACGUGAUCCUCUUGCCAGGUUCUGUGGGUGCCAUCACUGAGAACCACUGCUGGCGUCUCUGGCACUACCAAGAUUUUCUGAAAUCUUCAGAAUCAAAACAAAGGUCUGUUAGAGACAAAGAGACAAAAUGCCUGCACCAGUGUGACAUCACUUCAUUUGAUGUCUGCUCUUCCCUGAAACUUUUUGUCACAGGGGGCACUGAUGGCUCAGUCCGGAUCUGGGAUUUCCAUGGUAGACUCAUAACUGAGUUGGAUUCAGCAUUGCAUUUUGGCCCACUCUGCUUUGCCAAUAAUCGGGGUGACCUGCUUUUGACUUUCAACCAGAGUCUUUACCUGGUAUCCUGCUUAAAAUUGCUCCCUCCUGCUCAGCUGAUUCACCUAGCUAUCCUAAGCAGUGCAGACGAUAUACAAGAAGUCCCUAAACCCUUCCUGCCUAGCUUCUUCUUUUCUUUUGAAAGAGUAUUUGUACCCAAAUUUGUCUACCUUGGACAAGGGCUGCAGGAAUUACAGGGACUAGAGGCCCUUGUUAACAAACGGGUCAUUGCCUUUGACAAUACUGUGCCGCAUGUUGUAGAGGAAGAGAGACAUAUGUCCACUCUGAUUCAUGUGGAACCCAAAUCACACUUUUGGGAGGAUAAGAAUAUUGCUUUUGACCCCAAGCAUAAUCAUCCCCGACACUUGGUUCCUGCUCAGUUACAGCUUGCUGGCUGGGAUGGAUUGAACCCCUACCAUAUAUUAUGUUGCUUCUUUGGUAAAGGGCGGCAAUGGCCCUUUGCUCCUGAUGGCUACAUCCCCAACUCAGUUAUCCGUGCCCGCCUUUGGCCUGAUGGCACCCCAAUCUUCUUACGCUAUGAUCUGUACCAAGAUAAAGACUGGGACAUGACCAAACUCAUCAGAUGCCAGACACUGUCACCUAUGCCUGUACUAGAAGAGAACAUCUCAAUGAGAAGAGAGAGGGAUAAAUCCAAGAAGUGGAAACGAACUUUCUAUGAUGUUCUAGUAAGCAUAAUGAACCGAAAUUGGACAGGAAGAAAAUUUGAUGAAGGAAUUAUAAAUAAUUUAAUCGAGGCCAUCCUCAACCUCACAAUUUACUGUUCUAUAGAUCAAUACAAGACAUAUAUUAGUGUCCUGGCACAAAUUUUUGCCACUUACCAGGUAUCUCCAAGAUUGUGCUCUGAGGCUGCCUGUCGCCUAAUGGAAGAUACAGUUCAUCCCAAUCCAUGCAUCCGUGAGCUAGCCUGGGAGGGGUUGGAGAGGCUAGGUGUCCUGAGCCAUCUCUUUGCUGUGCCACUGGCUAUGGGAUUGAUGGACAGUGAUGAAAAUGUGAGGGCUAAGGCCUUAUACCUUAUGAUAAGAGUCACAGGCAUCCAAACUAAGACUAUGCUGGUAGGCCUGCUGAAGAAACGAGACACGUUCCAAGAAAUGCAGCGGGAAUUUAUUGGAGAAACCUCUCUGGACCAGCUGCUGGGGAUCCAAGCUAAAGAUAUCCAGUGCCUGCUUACUCAGGUGGAGCAGCAGCUAAAUGAAAACCUGACUUUGUCAUAUAGAGACCAACAACCUACUUUUUUUUUAGACAUAUCAAUGGCUGGUAAACCUGAGACCCUUGUCAAACAAAUAGAUGAAGAUGAACAAAGAGAGGCCAGGCAAUCAGAGCAGAUUGACACCAGGGAUGUUACCUUAGAGCCUAAACUGCGAUUAAGUACUUUCAGCCCAGCCAAAUCUCAAGAGGAUGCUGAGUCAGAGGAGGUUGUGAUGGAAGCCACAGAAGGAAGAGGCCACAUGGAGGUGACAGAGGUUAUGAAGGCCAUAGAUCAACGUGGCAUGAAAGAUUAUGGAGAGGUGUUCCCUCAGGUGGAAAGACACGAAGGAGAAGGAGGAGGCCACAUGGAGGUCACAGAGGUUAUGAAGGCCAUAGGUCAACGUGUAAUGAAAGAUUAUGGAGAGGUGUUCCCUCAG